GUCGGGAGGCGGUGCGCAGGCGCGGCGGCGCUGGCCGCGGCGGUUGGCUCGGCGGGCGUGCGGGCGGCGACAGCCAUGACCCAGCAGGGCGCGGCGCUGCAGAACUACAACAACGAGCUGGUCAAGUGCAUCGAGGAGCUGUGCCAGAAGCGGGAAGAGCUGUGCCGGCAGAUCCAGCAGGAAGAGGACGAGAAGCAGCGGCUGCAGAAUGAGGUGAGGCAGCUGACGGAGAAGCUGGCCCGCGUCAACGAGAACCUGGCACGCAAGAUCGCCUCUCGCAACGAGUUUGACCGGACCAUCGCGGAGACGGAGGCUGCCUACCUCAAGAUCCUGGAGAGCUCCCAGACGCUGCUUAGCGUCCUGAAGAGGGAAGCCGGCAACCUGACUAAGGCUACGGCUUCAGACCAGAAGAGCAGCGGAGGCAAGGAGAGUUGACCGGGCCAUGGCGGGGCCUGCCUUUAGCUGUGCCCACCUUGACUCAGCCCCCAGCAAGUCUGUCCUUAAAGUUUCUGUUCUUCGUGGUAGCCCAGCUGCCUUCUCUCACUGUUCCAGGUGCCAAGAGGGGCAGCUGCCAACCUCUGCUGGCAUCAGGUAACAAGAAAAGCCCGGGGCACAGCCCACGGGGGUGGUCGUAGCUCCAUGUGCACACAGGCUGUGGGGACAGUAGGCUCCAGGUCAGCUCUGCAAGGGGCUCUAAGGCGCCCACACACCCUUGGGCUGCCAGGGAGUCCCCUCAUCUUGUUCCUCCUCAGCCAGCAGGGGCCCAGGCCAAGCAAAGGGGGCAAAGGGUGGGGGCCCUCCCUCAUCCCAGAACCCACACCUCAGGGCUCAC